AUGCGUGAGAUUGUUCACCUUCAGACCGGCCAGUGCGGUAACCAGAUUGGUGCUGCCUUCUGGCAGAACAUCUCUGGCGAGCACGGUCUCGACAGCAAUGGCGUGUACAACGGCACUUCCGAGCUCCAGCUCGAGCGCAUGAGCGUCUACUUCAACGAAGCCUCCGGCAACAAGUACGUUCCUCGCGCCGUCCUCGUCGACUUGGAGCCCGGUACCAUGGACGCCGUCCGUGCCGGUCCCUUUGGCCAGCUUUUCCGCCCCGACAACUUCGUCUUUGGCCAGUCCGGUGCCGGCAACAACUGGGCCAAGGGUCACUACACUGAGGGAGCUGAGCUCGUCGACCAGGUUCUCGAUGUCGUCCGUCGCGAGGCUGAGGGCUGCGACUGCCUCCAGGGCUUCCAGAUCACCCACUCCCUUGGUGGUGGUACCGGUGCCGGUAUGGGUACCCUCCUGAUCUCCAAGAUCCGUGAGGAGUUCCCCGACCGCAUGAUGGCCACCUUCUCCGUCGUUCCCUCUCCCAAGGUUUCCGACACCGUUGUCGAGCCCUACAACGCCACCCUCUCCGUCCACCAGCUGGUCGAGAACUCCGACGAGACCUUCUGCAUUGACAACGAGGCUCUCUACGACAUCUGCAUGCGUACCCUCAAGCUCUCUAACCCCUCCUACGGCGACUUGAACCACCUCGUUUCCGCCGUCAUGUCCGGUGUCACCACCUGCCUGCGUUUCCCCGGUCAGCUGAACUCUGACUUGCGCAAGCUCGCCGUCAACAUGGUUCCUUUCCCCCGUCUCCACUUCUUCAUGGUCGGCUUCGCUCCCCUGACCAGCCGUGGCGCCCACUCCUUCCGCGCCGUCAGCGUUCCCGAGCUCACCCAGCAGAUGUUCGACCCCAAGAACAUGAUGGCUGCCUCUGACUUCCGCAACGGUCGUUACCUGACCUGCUCUGCCAUCUUCCGUGGUAAGGUCGCCAUGAAGGAUGUUGAGGACCAGAUGCGCAACGUUCAGAACAAGAACUCGUCCUACUUCGUCGAGUGGAUUCCCAACAACGUCCAGACCGCCCUUUGCUCCAUUCCUCCCCGCGGCCUCAAGAUGUCUUCCACCUUUGUCGGUAACUCUACCGCCAUCCAGGAGCUCUUCAAGCGUGUCGGUGAGCAGUUCACUGCCAUGUUCCGUCGCAAGGCUUUCUUGCAUUGGUACACUGGUGAGGGUAUGGACGAGAUGGAGUUCACUGAGGCUGAGUCCAACAUGAACGAUCUCGUCUCCGAGUACCAGCAAUACCAGGAUGCUGGUGUUGACGAGGAGGAGGAGGAGUACGAGGAGGAGGUCCCUCUUGAGGAGGAGGUUUAA